AUGGGGGGCGUCUCCGGACGCGAGUACGGGGCGAGACCAGGGCCUGUUGGGAGGGUGGCCCGACGGUCCGGCUGCGUCCUGCGCCCUAUCCGACCUCUCACCUCCCGCUGCCGCACUCUUGGGUCUUCGUUCACGCUCGCCGCAGAUGCCAAGGCCGCCGCUGCAACCCCAUCGUCAUGGCCGCCGGCACAGUACCCUUUCUCGCUCGCGCUGCUGCUGCUCGCGCUGGGACACGGUGAGCGCGCGUUGCUGCUCGACGGUGCCAAGGCGGCGUGCGACGUCCAGCGCCGCUUCGCGCCUGCGCCGCUGCAGCUCAUCAAGGAGGGCCUGCUGGAGAGCGUGGCGGGGAACCCGGGGCUGUGCGUGGCGUUCCGGCUGAACCUAACAGACCCGGCGCUGCCGCUGUGCCCGCGGCCGAACCUGCGGCGGGGGCUGGCCUGGGAUGUGUGGGUGGUGGGCGGGUGCACGGUGGCGACGCUGGCGCUGGCGCGGCGGUGGGUGCUGUGGGCUCGGCGGCUCGCAGAGCACGAGGGGGCGCUGCGGCCGCCGAGCAGCAAGCAGAUGGACUGGACGGCGGUGGUGACCAGCACCACCACCGUCAACAGCAGAGACAGCAGGAACAACGACGGCGGGUGGUGCGGCGGUGGCGGCUUCUUGGCCAGGGAUGGCACGAUGGCGGCUUCGGUGAGGGCGUAG